ACAGACUUCUGCGCAGCCAGAUCGUUGCGUGUGGACCUUCGACCAUAGAUACUAGAUUUAUGGUCGAAGGUGUGGACAGAACAGAGGGUUUCAGAAAGACAGAGAUGACUUGUUCACAUUUUCAAUUGCAGCCAGUUCGUCUUUGCAAGACAUUCUUUGGCUUCCCGCGGAGAUCUGCGCCAUGUUCACUUGCGUUUACAACCGACGUUGGAAGAGUUUACUGCGUGGUUGAUUGGAGUAAAAUGCGUUUUUUGUAGGUAUAUUGCCACCAUUAAGUCAAAAUAUGACUGCAGUGGUGGUGAGGUCAAGAGUCAGCUAGAGUUGUAGUCAUGUGAUUGGCUAUAGGCAAUACUUGCCAACUUAUUGGAGGCAUUUGUGAGGUUCAUAAUCGAUGCAGACUGGCAGUGGUGUUUGCCAGGUCUCUUGGAAGGCAUAGGUUUCCUCUGGAUGGGGGAGUAGGUGUGGCUUGCAGUCUCUAGAAGGUGCAGCCCUUCAGAUGACUAGGUUGUCUUCACUCAUCGCACAACGCUAAUACUGGCUGUGCCGUGUUUACUGGUCGCCGGUUACGCUACUAGUCGUGUUGCUGCUGCUGCUGUCUGUGCUGUCGGCUCAUUCUGUGCGGCGACUGUUGGCCGAUGCGUCGCUGUCUCUGGCUGCCCUGUGUGGUGCGUGCAGAUGUCAUCAAAGUUCACUGGUCGGUGGUCAGACGGUGCUGCGGACAGGAACUUUGUAGCUUAGCCAUGAGAUGUAAGCUUCAGUGGCUUGUUGGUUGCUGCUUGGUGUAGCUUGUCUCUGCUGUUGAAACUCACGCAGCUGGAACUGGUGCUGUAUCGAUUUACUUCCUGACUGACAUUCUUUGAUAUGGCUGCUGAGCUCACCUUCAUGAUGCCAUGUCACUCAACAACAACAUUAGCCAUUCACAUUAUCGCCUACGUAUCAGUUUACGGGUGCACAUCAAUUUACACGAUCUUAAAAAUGGAUUAAUGCCAGUUCGUGUGUAAAGUCACAGUACAACAUUUCUGUGAUAAGCUUGUAAUGAACAUGUGAUUGGUUAUGUCAAUGUCUACCUGGGUAUCUCUUUAGUAUUCAUUUUGCUCUUUUUUUCUACAGGAAUUUGUGCUUGUACCCCACAGUACAGUUUAUUAACACUAUCCCUGUUGCCUGAUACUGCUGAUUACUUUUAAUUAUGAGGGGUUAUUAUGUUCUAUUAUCCUGUAAUUAUGUCGUAAUACCCUGUCUGAAGUUUCUUACAAAGAUUCUCAAAAAUGAAAAUUAAGAUUGUCUUUCACACAAUUUUACAAUUGCUCAUGCAUAAGUAAACCAAUGGGACGUUUUCAUUACCAUUUGAACUUUUGCUUAUUGUCUUAACACUUCCAUGUUCUUUCAUGAUGUUUAAACCAUUUAUUGUUAUUCUCCUUCUCUUAUUGGCUGUUCAAAAAUUGCACAAUGUCCUUUUAUGGAAUGCCACAAUGAAACAUUAACUCACCAUUAUUGACUAGUGAAUUAUAGGCUAAUCAAGGAAAGUGUUUCUGAUGAAGAAAAAUUUAACAUUGAGUAUUGAUUUAAAAGUCAGGAAGUUGUUCCUGAAGGUAUUUGUGUGGAGUGUAGCCAUGUAUGGAAGUGAAACGUGGACGACAAAUAGUUUAGACAAAAAGAGAAUAGAAGCUUUCGAAAUGUGGUGCUACAGAAGAAUGCUGAAAACUAGAUAGGUAGAUCACAUAACUAAUGAGGUUUUGAAUAGAAUUAGGGAGAAGAGGAGCUUGUGGCACAACUUGACUAGAAGGAGGAGUCGGUUGGUAGGACAUGUUCUGAGGCAUCGAGGAUCACCAAUUUAGUAUUGUAGGGCAGCGUAGAGGGUAAAAAUCGUGGAGGGAGACAGAGAUGAACACACUAAGCAGAUUCAGAAGGAUGUAGGUUGCAGUAAGUACUGGGUGAUGAAGAGGCUUGCACAGGAUAGAGUAGCAUGGAGAGCUGCAUCAAAUCACUCAGGACUGAAGACAACAGUUUAGAAUAAUUUGACUGUAUGCAACUGAUAAAGGCUGAUCGGUUAAUAUUUGCACAGGAGUUGUUUCGUAUCAAAUCCAACAAAGCUGAUUAGGAUAUCGGGUAGCAGCAAUCGGUACAUACUUAGUUGUUAACCCUUUUGGUGCCAUGCAAUUUUCAAGGUAUCAGCUGAAAAGUGCCAGGAAAUUUUGUAGUAAAUUGCAGAAGUUUGUUAAACUUACCAUAAAAUCUUGUCCGUUUAUCAUAGGACCUUAAUUUUUUUUCUUUUAUCACUGAUCCAAAAAAUGGGCAAAACAUCUACAAUUUUGUCACUGGUUCCAACAGAAAACAACAUAAUACAAAUUAAGUUUUAGGAUCAUUUAUUAGUACAUAAGUGUUGACAACACAAUUGGGAUGUAAUCCCUUCUUACAGCGUACACACAUUGUUCUUGAUAGCCGCCUCGUAUCUUUUGUAGAGCAUACAACACAGGCUCGCUCCUUCUUUCCCCGUAGUAUUUCUACACCAUAAACUUAUGGGGUGCUGCAUUUGCACUUGAUGUAGUGGGUACGAAAUUCUGUAUCUUGAACCACUCCUGGGACAACGUGCAGAUGAUUUUGCUGUUGAAUUUGACGUCUGAGCGGUUUCUCAGACAAAGAUAGAUUUUCUUUAUAAAGAAUGUAAGCAUUCAAGAACAUUCUGCCAAUUAUGCUGAAAACCACUUUCUUCCAUAAUUUGUCUUCCUCUCAUCCAGGUAACAGUACAUUAUAUCUGAGGAAUCAAUCCCUCCCAUGUGUUAAUUAUAUUGAAAUAUAUCAGGUUUCCGUAAAGGUUGUCAUUUGGCAAUACUUCUAACAUUGUUCAGAAGAGGAACUGAUCAACUGGAUUUUUCUGUGACUUUUCCCUGUAGCCACAGAGAAGCACAAAGGUCUUUCUAAAGAAUUGAACUUGCCCAAUGUCAAAUUUGGAAAGAUUAGGUGGGAGAAAUUUUCUGUUCCUCCAUAUUGUGCCAGUGAGGAAGGUUCCCAUGGAAUAGUUUUUCCACCACUGGAAUCAACAUGAAAAAAUUGUCACAGAAAAUGUGGUACCCUUUGUUCAUGUAAUUACCAAGAGCAAGUAAUUUUGUAAUAACUACAUAGCCUAAUCCGCGCUCUUUUACCUCCACUCUGUCAGCUUCACAUCUUGCUCCAUAGUACACAUAAAAUACAAGUCAGAAGUUCACCACAGAAUCACAUAGUAUCCAGAACUUUACACCCCAUCUGUGGUGAUGUUUAUUAGGGAGAUACUGGAUGAAUUGAGAAUGAGUUUUAGAGCUUACAAGAUUUUUGUCAACACUCAAGCUGUUGAGGUGCUGUAUAAUGGUGACAAGACAUCGUUGGCAGUAUUCAGCAUAAUAUCAACUUUGCUAGGAACAACUGAAAUCUAUUUCGCGAAAACAUCCGGGAAACCAUGGAGUUGACAUAUUUUCAUCUGUGGACCAGUAACUAAAAAUUGUCAGUUUCUUUAAGAGUCCCAUAUCUAGUAUUACUGCCACAAUAGCCCUCAUUUCUGGCACUAAGGUAGGCUACCAUUUUCUCACACGAGAGUACACUUAUAAGUUUACAUUUGCUUCGAGAAAUAGCCGAGCAUAUCUGUCUGUUUACGUUGCCAUUAUCACCAGUUGCAUUGAAACCCAAGUUGAAAAAAUCAAUUGGCGUAGCAUUUAUUGGUACACGUUUGGGGCGCAGUAAUUUCGAAAACGUGAAGUGGUGAGGAACAUGAUUGUCCAACUCUUCAGUUCAAAUUUCAAUAAACGUAUCUCUGGCUGCAGUCAAUUCUUCAACAUCGUCUUCAUCGCUGCUGAGUGCAGAUUCAGCUAUUGAUGACUCACAUGAGGUAUCACCACUAGACCACUCACAGAUCAAUCCACUGCCCGAAAAACCUACAAAAUCGUUCAGUUUCACUACUUUCUGCAGUAUACAUUGCACUUAGAUGAGACAUCUUGCUUGGUAGUGCCAUUUUACCUUUGAAAUGAAUGAAAAACAACCUUGUCUUUGGAACUCGAAAAUAUCGAUUAUUGGCUUCGACUUUGACUAUCUUUUGACCUUCAUUUGUCUUCACAUCAUCGAUAUACCACGAUCUGAGCACUUUUUUUGAAAGAAAAGUGUGUGAAAACAGCAGUACGGUCAGAUCGUACCUGGCACUUUUAGCGUGUACCGCGUGAUUCAAUUAGAUUGUGUUCGGAACUAUAAGGGUUAAUGUUCUAUAUCUAUUGGCUGUGGUCUUGGGCACAAUGUUGCGGAGUAUAGCACUGACAUUCAAACCAACCUUUGGCUUGAGAACAGCUAUACAAUUCAGUGUGGGAACGUACAGUUUGGGAAUUUCAUGUCCCAUUUUCAUUUUGUAUGUGCAGUUGGGGACAGAUUGAGAGGAAUUUUUUCAGACUGAAAAGUAGGAACACUGGUAGAGGUGUCGUCCUGGGUACGACGUUAAACUGCCCCCCAACCCAAGGUGUGGUGCGACCCGUGCUGAAGGGUGCGUGGCACAGGGGAGCUGUGCCUCAAACGGGGCCUCUGGGAUAUCGGGCGCCCUCCCAGAGUAUCCAGCCUAGCCCGGGCAUGCGGGGCUCUGCUCGGGUGGUCCACACUGUCCUCAGCUUCUCGUGGGAUCAUAGAGAAAAAAACUGAAAUUAGCUCCGAGCGAGCAGAUGCCGAGAAUUCCAGGGGACCUCUCAGUGAGGCGACCCAGGAGCCAGAACAGACCAAAUGUGAACUUGGCACGAGGGGACCUCAAGGUGAGGUGACCCCGGGCCUCGUAGUUGAUAAAGAUACGGUUGCAGAGGGAGAUUCUUCUAAACUCGCAACAGGAGGGACCUCGGCUGCUGUACCCAGCGUUGGGGGAACCGACACAUCCAAAAACAGCUCCGAAAGAGCAGUCGGGGGAAGCGGUGAUAGUGCUGCAGAGGGGGACAACUCGAACCUCGCAGAUAAGGCUAUGGUGGAUGUCCCCAUCACAAAGAAACGGAAACCGGAGGAAGACGUUGACAACCCUGAGAUGAGUAAUGGGGAUGUUAAAAAAUUAAAAAGUGCCACUGACGGUGGGGAAUUGCCUGUCCAGCAAAAACAAAAGUUGAAUGAGUUGGAGUCCAAUGAAUCUGUAAGUGAAGAGGUUAGCGAAAAUGGAACUGGUGUGUCAGGUCAACAAAAGGAUGAAAAGUUAGUAUCCAUGAGGCUAGCUGUUGUGCUCGAGGGUUUUCCAAAUGAUAAGAUGACGGAGGAGCAGGCUGAGGUGCUGGAGACUGCUCUGAUAGAGAAGAUUAACCCGACAGAGAAGGGGGAACCUAUCCAGUUUUCUGAGACACAGUACGAGAAUGGCGGCUUGGUUUUUACUUGUGUCAACAAAGCGACCAAAGCAUGGUUACACAGUAUAGUUUCAAAGAUCUCUCCGUGGUCGGGUGCCAAGCUGCGGGUCGGGCAAGCGGAAGUCACAUUGAAGGGUACAAAGUUUGUACUAUGGGUGAUGAUGGGGAUGAAUAAGAGAACUAACAGGCAGAUUUUGGACUUAUUUCAGAAACAAAAUGAAGACCUCUCAACCUCAGAGUGGAAAAUAAUUAGGAGAGUGGCGGAAUCAGAUAAAAAGGAAAGGCUGACUCUUUGGGUUGAUGACAAAUCUUCUGAGCAUUUGAAGGCACACAAUUUCAAAUUAUUCCUCGGUUUAGCUCGACCUAAAUUCAUGCUGUGGGCCGAAUGGAAGAAGCAGAUGGGCAGUACAACAAAGCGACCUGACAUGCGGCCUGCAGUUCGCAGUCUGAUGGGGCCUCCCACAUCUCACAGUUUUUUGCGUCUGUCUCGGGGAAGUGAGUUCUCAGCUCCAAAUCUGCGUCCUCGCAUUCCCAGAUUUGAUCGUCAGAAUAGGCCUUCGCGUAAGGAACUCGAAUUUGUCAAUACGGGCACUCCUCACUUUCGAGAAGCACAGUUCCCGGCUUCGGGUCGACGCUCAUCACGAGAGCGUACGUAUACAGAGCAUGUCGUACUGCAGAAUCGUGAGUCUAGAUUCCCGGCUUCGGGACGCCCUCGCGAACGUGGCUUCGGCAUGUCGGAACGGUCACAGUUGCGAGAAUCUGGUUAUGUCGAAUCGGACGAACCCCAAGAAAACAGGUACUUUGCUUCAGAAAGCCGACAGCCUCGUGAGACGGGUUACGGAGCCUCGGAUACUCCCCGGCUCAGUGACAUCAGGUUUAUGGGUUCAGAUGAGUUAUCUCGCAGUUCCAGGUACACACCUCCAAACCGUAAUCAGUUAGAGAAACUGACAUUCAGAGACUCUUAUCGGGCCCGUGACUCGCGGCUGAGAGACCUGGAUGAGCCACCUUUCCAGGAUUCGAGGGGUAGAGGCCCAGAUCAAGGGCAGUCGAGAGAUGGUAGAUUUGUGGAACGAGGUAAUCAUAAUUCGAGUGAAUCUAGAUCGAGAAUGUUUGAAAAUGUGGGUUCUCGCAUGUCACGUUCCUGGGAAGACAGAUUUUCAGAUUCAGAUUUCCCACCCCAGCAAUUGAGGUCGUCUUACAUGAACUCUGCCCGUUCUCGUUUCUCGAGACCUUCACAGUCAAGCAGAGCCAAAUGGUAGAUAUUCCCCAGGCAUAAUCGCUCUUGAUGGAUAGUUGCAGAUAGUAGCUUUUGAUUUUAACAUCUAAUAUUCCAAAUUGUGGGGACGUUUGCUGAAUAAUACUAAAAUAGUUUUAGGUUUAAGUUACUAUGCACUGUCUUGUGCCAGACUUACACAUACAUUUCUGUGAGCUCCAAAUUUGUCUAUGAUCCGAAAUAUUGUAUGAGCAUAUUUUAUUUUAAUUCUCUUCCAUAUGUAUUGCCUGUUAAUGAGUUACUGUGAACAGGCCUGUCCAUUUGAUCUUAACUGUAAAAUUCUUUAAACAUUUCAAUAUCAUGUUUUGUCUUACAUUCAAAUUGUGUAACUUUUUUGCUAGUGUAUGUAGUUUAAUGAAUGGAGUAAGUUUAAGGAAAUAUGGAACUUUUUGUUCAUGUAGUGGUAUGAGUAACCUAAUGUGUAAAGCAAUAGCUUAUUCAGACUGUGGUUCCAGCAUACUAGUGUUUUCCUUAGCUGAACAUCUGUCAUUCUAAAUAUGUACUUUACAAUUUUUUAUGGUGCAUGAAGUGAAAAAAUUAUUUCUGAAUAAAUAAGAAAUGUGGAAUAAUACAA